AUGUCCGGCGCAGGGAACGAGGCGCCUGAAACGUCCAACAAGAGGCGCCGGACCUCAGGCAUGUACCAGAGGCGGCGUGCCGUUGCGGCGUGUGGGCCCUGCCGGGUCCGUAAAACGAAAUGUGACAAUGUCCGGCCUGCAUGCGGCUUCUGCCAGCGGAACGGCGGCCAGUGUACAUAUCCCGACACCUCUAACGACUUCUCAACAUUCGACCCUGCGAGCUUGGCAAUCUUAGACCGUCUCAAUCAUGUCGUCUCUCUUCUCGAGACUCGUCCGGAUCUGCCAGCCGAGCACGCCAUCGUCGCUCCCCCGAUACCGUCCACGUUAUCGCCAACAUCAAUCCUUGGACCUCAAACUAGUGCCAGUGUCACUGUUGACGAAAAUCCAAGCCAUUCACCCGAUGGCUUGCCUGAAGACGAUGUCAUGAUCCGCCUCGAUAUCCCCGACUCUACGGCUGCCAGGUCUAAUUGUGAAGCCAUUCUGAGAUGGCCAAUCUUCAGGGGAUAUGCGCCUGAAACUGAAUCUUUCAUCUUGGAGUUAGAGGAUGAUGAUGCAGACUCUUCGUUUCGGUCCCAGCAUUUUAGAAGUCGGAACCUUGGGCGAGGAGUUCAAGAAGACGACUUCACGGUGCUUUCUAAGAAGUUUUUGGCAUACGUGCACGUCAAGAAUCCAGUACUCGACGUGGGUGACUUCAAAGCGUACGUCAAGGAUACGGUAGAGAACGGUCCUCGGUGGGACGGGCCUUCAUGUCUGGUACUGAUUGCAUGUGCACUAGCCUGCCUUGCAAGCCCAUUUCAAACCGAGAUCAACCUCAACAGUACGCCCGAAUCAGUGCGCUCGUCAUCAUCAACCGCCACGGAUCCAGAUACAGCUCAGGCAUAUUACCUCGCAGCCAAGAAGCGGCUGGGACUCCUUGAGCCUUCCUUGCUUCAGAUUCAAUGCUUAUUCUUUUGUGCGGUAUUUGAGAUGUACUCACUUCGUCCACUCCAGGGCUGGUUUUAUUUCAAUCAAGCUAGCGUCCAGUUCAAGAACCUAUUCUGGCGUAGAGCCCAAAGACGAAAUACGCAAAACGUUUCUCAGAAAACGCGGCGUCUCGAACAGCGUCUUUACUGGUCAUGUAUGAAGUCAGAAUGUGAGCUAAGGUGUGAGAUACCGUUGCCAGCCAGUGGAAUCACUGGCCUUGGAUAUCCCGACUUGUUCCCCUCACCUCCGUCUGAAGUUGCAUCCCCUACAGCACAACCAAGCGCGUUGGAUAUAUUGGAAGACGACAUCCAGCCAGAGGAGGAGAAGAGUUGGUUCUACUACCUGGCUGAGAUAUCGUCGAGAAGAAUGACCAAUCGUGCUAUAUCUAUAUUUGGUUAUAAUGGAGAGCAGGCAUGGAUCCGAGAUAUAGCCAAGGUGCUCGAGAAGAGCGAGGAAUUUGACGAGCACAUCAACCUUUGGUGCUUGCACAUACCCUCUCAGAUCCAUUGGCAGAACCGAGAGCCAUCAAACAACGAGCUGGUACACUUUAUUCGACACCGAGCCACGAGCUGCCGCGAGUGGAUUCAUCGGCCUUUCUUGUAUUACGUGGUCCAUCAACCAGCGGACGACCCUUGGAUACCCCGCGUCAUGCCAUUAGCAGAAAAGUGCCUAGAUCUCUCACUCGAGUUGCUGCUAGACGCUAAUCCUCACCAUCGCCAUCACGGAACAUGGUUCAUGGCCAGAGCGGCAAUGACCCGUGCUCUCCUACUUCUGGCCGCAGUCAAGAGCGGCAGGUUCUCUCGGCUGCCCGAGCGAUGGAAACAGGGAGUUGACACGGCCACAUGGGCUCUGCAGCGGUGGUAUGGCGAAGCUCCGGAUUUGCGUAAGGCUGCGUCUGUGCUUGAGGAUCUCGUCGGUCAAGUUGUCGGGCCCGGAGUCUGA